GAGGCGUCCGGGCCGCUGCCUGACCAAAAUCCAACCCCGGCGGCUCUCCCCCUCGCUGGAGCAGCAAGGUGCAGGCGGAGCCAGGGCAGCCCUCCCGGCGCAGGACCCCGGUCCUCUUGCGCGGCGGCGGCGCUCGGCUCGGCGGGGCCCAAGAUGUCGACCAAGAAUUUCCGCGUGAGCGACGGGGACUGGAUCUGCCCCGACAAGAAGUGUGGGAAUGUUAACUUUGCUAGAAGAACCAGCUGUAACAGAUGCGGAAGAGAGAAAACGACGGAAGCCAAAAUGAUGAAAGCGGGAGGAACUGAAAUAGGAAAGACGCUUGCUGAGAAGAGCCGGGGCCUCUUCAGCGCAAACGACUGGCAGUGUAAAACAUGUGGUAAUGUGAACUGGGCCAGAAGAUCAGAAUGUAACAUGUGUAAUACCCCAAAGUACGCUAAACUGGAGGAGAGGACAGGAUACGGAGGAGGAUUUAACGAACGAGAGAACGUUGAAUAUAUAGAACGGGAAGAGUCAGACGGGGAAUAUGAUGAGUUUGGACGCAAAAAGAAAAAGUAUAGAGGGAAGGCUGUUGGUCCUGCGUCUAUCCUGAAGGAAGUGGAAGAUAAGGAAUCUGAAGGGGAAGAUGAGGAGGAUGAGGAUGAAGAUCUCUCCAAAUAUAAAUUGGAUGAGGAUGAGGACGAAGAUGAUGCUGACCUUUCAAAAUAUAAUCUUGAUGCCAGUGAAGAAGAGGACACUAAUAAGAAAAAGAAAUCCAAUAGGCGCAGUCGCUCUAAGUCUCGAUCUUCCCACUCCCGAUCUUCAUCGCGCUCAUCCUCUCACUCAAGCUCAAGGUCUAGGUCCAGGUCCCAUUCAAGAAGUUCUUCCAGUUCCAGAUCAAGAUCUCGUUCCAGUUCCAGAGAACAGUCUAGAUCUCGUGGGUCGAAAUCAAGAUCCAGCUCCAGGUCCUACAGGGGGUCUUCCACCCCAAGAAAAAGAUCUUACUCAAGCUCUCGUUCAUCAUCUUCCCCCGAGAGAAGCAAGAAGCGAAGUCGUUCUAGAUCUUCUUCAUCUGGUGAUCGCAAAAAAAGACGAUCGAGAUCACGGUCACCCGAAAGACGCCGCAGAUCAUCAUCUGGAUCUUCCCAUUCUGGUUCCCGUACAAGUUCUAAAAAGAAAUAAUGCAGUAAAGCUCACAUUUAAAAAAAAAAAAAAAAAAAAUUCCAGUCAGUGCAUGAGACAUUUUUAAGAAUUUGGUGUCUUACUUGGUCAGAAGUGCUAAAUCUGCUAGUAGAGGUGCAUGUCUGUCCUUGCUUUCUGGAAAACUGCAGCUUUGUUCAGUCAUGAAACAAAACCUGAGGUAGCAUUUUAAGCCAUAAACUCCCCAGAGGAACUGUGAAGUGCUUGUAUUGGAGUAAGGGGGUUUUUAUUGUUUUUAAAGACUCCGUUACUCAACUCCCGGCUCUGACGCAUGUGAGCAGGCACAGGUUGGAUCCGUUGUGACACAGCUCUGCUCUUCGUGUGACAAUGACAAGUAUCUGAGGGAUAUUGGAAGAACCCAUGAGCUUUCUACAUCCAGCUCCGGAGCUUGUUUGGUGGAGCUCGUGUGGGACCACAAGAGAUGAGCGUAGCUGUAGGCCGGCGCUACCCACUCCGCAGCCGUAGUGAGUACUUAGGUCUAAGUAUUUGUUAUUUUUCUGUGUUGAAGUGUAGCUGGACGCCCCUCUCUUUAGCUACGCUCAGUGCACAAUAGCUGUGAAAUACCCAGGCCAUGGUAUGAUGCUGCAGAGAGCGCAUUAGACUUGGUUCCUUGGACUGUAGAGAUGGUUUCCUGCAGUCAGGACAGUGCCCUUUCUGCAGCGGGUUCUGGCUGCGGUAUCUCGCGUGCAGAAACCCAGGACUCUGCGAUCCUUCUAGCAAAAGGAUCGUUUAGGAGCUGCCCUUGAGAUGCAGGAGUGUGGAACUGGCUCCUUGGAAUCACGUGAAGCUUCUGCAGGCCAGCUUUAAAAUUCAUUGAGGGCUGACUUAAAAUUUUCAAGGUAUCUGAAUUUUAUUUAUAUUUUAAAAUGAAAACUAAUAAACUGUGUAGAAAGUUCUGACAUCUUAAAUGUGUUCUUCCUCAGUCAUUUUUUUUUUCCCUUAAACAUAAUUUAUGGCUUAAAAUGCUUUAUUGAAUCUAUUUUACUAGCAAUAUCCCAUUAAACCUUGGUCUCUCUUGAGCUCUGUUUGGUUAAGAAGGGUUUAAGUAUCUUCGGUGCCAUCACAAGGUAAGUAUGUUAAGGAAAACUCUUCUUUAUAAGCAAGCAAACAGCAAUAUAUCUCUUUAUUUCAGUAGUAAAACUUCCAACCCCAUAUUUGACCGCUGCUUUUUUUUAAAUGAACUGCACAAAAACGGAGCAAAAUUUAAAAACUACGUUCUGUUUUCUUUUUUUAAGAACUUUGUUUUGGACUGGUCUAUAAGCAAAGUGGUUUUGGUGUAGAAAUAUUUUGAUAAUCGUUUUGCAGAUAAAAAGCGCUCUGCAGUUUCUUCUUUAGUGCUUUCUUUUUUAUCUAAUUUCCAUGCUAAAUGUCUGUAGAUUGCACAAGAGCAGGUUAGUUUGUAACUGUGCCUCUGACAGCUUCCAAGUCCAACUACUAAAUUGUAAAGAUCAGAUCUAGAUGCUAUGUUGUUAGCCUUUGGUUUUCUCCUCGUGCUUUGUAUUAAAAUUGUUGCCGUACUUAACAGGUGAAAGUUUUUAAAUUUAGCACACGAUAGGCUACAGGCAAAGGAAAAUUAAGGUUUCAUUGGGCUUAGAUAAAAUGUAAGGCAAACUGAUUCUGUAGACAAGUGUAAAUAAAAGCUGUGAGUCAA